CGACAUUGGAUACUAGCUAUGGGCAUCUGCAUGUCUUCCCCUCCACCUCGACCGAUGGGCUAUCUGGACCGCAGGAUUCGCGAGCAGCUCCGUUCGUACGUUGCGAACGAGCCUGAGCUGAAGCGCACCCGCUCCUUUCACGCCGUCGUCUCUACGUUCGACUCCAUGCUACGAUCUUUUCGAGGUGUUCGCGCGGUGUUCGACCGCAUGGACGCAGAUAGUAGCGACACCAUCGACUUCGACGAAUUUCUUAUCGCAUGCGAACAAUUGCGCGUCAGAAAACGCUGGCGCAUUUUGGGCUCCGACGACGGAGUGACGGCCGAUACCUUGCGCGCGCUUUACCUCCACGCCGACUCGAACGGUGACGGCACGAUCGACUUUAGGGAAUUCGUCUGCCUCCUCGCGCUCUUGUACCUGAUGUCUGAUCCGGCCGCGCCCGCCAUGGACGACCUGCAUUAUGAUACGCAACGCGUGGCGCAUAGCGCGAUGACUAAAGCUCUGGGCGCGUGGCUCGUGUUCGAUCCCAAGGGUGACGGUUUCAUUCGAAGAUCCCAGGUCACUAACGUGCUGGACUCGCUCAGGUUACGAACAGUUCACCCGCAGGAUCGCGACAUGUUCAGAUCGCUUAGAAAGCGACUCAGGGGGCUGCCGUGGGAUAUCUACGAUACGGUGACCCUUCAAGCUUUUCUCAUGGCUGUCCAGGAAUGGACUGAUCUCAUCCCUGAGGAGACAGGUUCUGAAUCAUCUGGGCGCGCUUCACCAUUUGGUCCAUUCCUGUCGUUGACGCCAAGGAAAAGUCCGGUGCCCAGAACACUGAACGUCACCCCCGCCAAGAGCACAGUCUGAGACGGAAUAUAGGUCUCGGCAGGAUUCUCACUCACAUCUUUACUCAGCUAAGCUCAAUAUAGCUAUCACGCUCGGCUGCAAAACCAGUUAUCUAUGUUGGCAGGCUGGCAGUUUCUUUAGUGCUUUAAGCUCGUCCGCGGUAGUUGCGUUGGUGCCGCAGUUGUGAUGAUGCGGUGGUUGCGAUGAUGACGAUGUGCAAAGCCUCAAUUUGCAGAGACCGAAACGCCUUCGAACACAUGUGAAACUAUCCAUGAUGGAACAAAACGUCGCCUCCCUCUCUUUUGUGUGAAUUUGUGCAGCACAAAUUUCAGUAUGUCACAGCGGCUAUCUGGCUGACAAAUGUAUGCAUACCACAUGAACCAUCUUUUAAUAUCAGUACUACUGUAUUUCACCGUUGAUAACCACUAUUCUAUCCGCCUUUCAAUGUUGGGCAAUAUCUCUGGAACUGAACCACUUCCAAUGGCAAGAGAUACCUCGUCUAAAGAACAAAUCCGUAAGCACGCAAGAACGUCGCCCUUGCGCACCUAUGUUCUCCAUAUUGGAAUAAUUUUGGUUGUUGAUGUGACCUUUGUAUUUUUACCUUGAUACGAAGGUAUCUUCGAAGGUAGUGAAAAGGUUGAGAUUUACCUGCUUCCUAGCUAGUUUCAUCUCAAUUAAUGAACACAUGAGGCUAGCUAU